CCAAAGAGAGGUAAACCAAAAUAAAACCCUAAGUUGAAGCCGUGCUCCACUUGCCCUCCAAAAAUCCAAAAUCAGGAAAUUCAUUUCUUGACCCCAAAAAUUUUCAGUAUUCUCAAUUCUCUCCCGCCACUACAGGAAUAAAGGGAACCAAGUGCAAACAAGCCAAAAAGCUGAUACAUUUUUCCGAUUAUCACUCUAUUUUGUCUUUGAUAUCCAUAGUUUUGUUUUGUUUGGGAAACACCUCCAAAAAGCAGUUGCACCAGUCAUGGCAGUUAAUUCUUCAGGUCUUAAUUUGACAAGCCAAGCUGCUGCUCAAGAGCAGAAGAAUGGUCCCUCUAAUUGCCCCGGAGUUCGGGUCAUUGGAAGAAGAAUAUAUGAUCCUGAAAAAGGGAAGAGUUGUCACCAAUGCCGGCAAAAAACACGGGAUUUGGCAGCUGGUUGCAAGAACCAGAAAAGAAACAAGCAAUGUCCCAUUCAUUACUGCCAUAAAUGCCUGCUGAACAGGUAUGGAGAGAAAAUUCAAGAGGUAGUGCUGUUUGAUGAGUGGAAAUGUCCCAAGUGUAGGGGCAUUUGCAAUUGCAGCUUGUGUAUGAGGAAAAGAGGUCAUAGGCCUACUGGUAUACUUGUGCACACAGCCAAGCAAAGUGGGUUUUCCUCUGUCUCAGAACUUCUUCGAGUUAAAGGUGCUGAGAAUUUUGGUAUUGAUAGAAUUGCAAAAGAUGCAAGGGUUUCAUUGAAGAAGCCUGGUUCCACAAAGGAGUCUACACCUGCUUCACCAAGGAAACCAGAGAAGGAAAACUCUUUUGAAGGAAACAAUGAUCUGAGCGAGCAUUUUCAGAAUUUAACACUAAUCUCUAACAAGAGGAAAUAUAAGAAAAUGAGAAGGGAAGGAUUACUGGGUCUAGAAGUUAAUGAUGAUGAUGAGGCUAGUUUGGGGGAGAGUGAUCAGAAUAAGCCUGGACUUACUGAGGAAGUUUCUAAAAAAAAAGUGAAGACAAAUGAAGAUGAUGAAAGUGUUGUGGUAGAGAACAGCAAGUCUAAGACACAGUAUGAGGAUAUUCCUAAGAAAGAACUAAAGCAAAAUGGAAAGGAAGAGCUGGAUGCUGCAAAUCUAAAAAAUGGAGCUGUUUUGAGUGAUGUUGAAAAUGAUAAUCUUGAUACCAAGAACAUGACAGCUGUAGAGUUGGGCAAAAUUGUGGAGCACCACAGCAAACAAAUUGAUGAAAAAAUUCCAUUGCCUUCAGCCACCUGCUUAACUACUGUAGCUGGGAUUGAGUUACCCAAUGAAGAUGUUGGGGAUGCACUGCAAUUCUUCGAGUUUUGUGCUGCUUUUAGUGAGGUUCUUGAUAUCAAGAAAGGGCAAGCUGAAGCUGUCAUUAGAGAAAUAAUAGCUGGCCAAAGAGAGUGCCGGUCACAACACUCGUUAUUAGUGCAGUUUCACAUCAAACUAUUGUCCCUGAUACAAGAGGAUACGGGAGAAGUAUUUGCAGACCUAAGUCCAGCAAAUGGCCAAAAUUCAUGGUUGAAAGCUCUUGGGAAAUGUGUCUCUAAAUGCAAAUUCAUAUCAUUGGGAUUCCCCUCUGAUUGUUUUGAUACUGGUGAUGAAGGAUAUGAUAUGUUGAGUACCUCACAAAAGUUUAAACUCUUGAAUUUUCUAUCUGAUGAAGCUCUUAAUACAAAAUAUUUGAGGAGUUGGAUUGAUGAUCAAAAUUCUAAAUUUGUUGAAAGACAGAAGGAAGCAAAAGAAAAGGUUCAUGCAGCGAAAGAUAAGGAGAAACAUUUGAAACAGAAGAUGCAGGAUGAGGUGGCUAAAGCCAUCAAUGCAGAAAAUGGUGCUCCCUUCUCUGUUUCUGAGCACGAAACUAUAGUGUCACAAAUGAAAAACGAAGCUGCACAAGCUCAUGCAGAAGUGAUGGAGGCUAUGGGGAUGGUACCCAAAAAGAGACAAAGAUCUGAUGCUUUUAGAACAGACCCUAUGCUUGUGGAUGCCAAUGGUCGUGCCUUUUGGAGACUAAAAGGUUGUAAUGAUCAACAGGAUAUCUUGCUUCAAGAUAUGGGAAGCCAGACUUCAUUUGCGCCUGAGGAGAAAUGGUUUGUCUAUGAUGCUGAGCAUAAACAAGAAAUUGAGAAGUACAUCUCCUCAAGGACAAAAAGGCAUAGGGUUCGAAAAGUUACUAAAACCCCUCCUGCUGGAGACGGGGAAACAUGCUCUUUGGAUGCUUUUUCUGACAGUUUGCCAUCUUAUUGUGCAUAAUUGGAGAUCAAGGAGUAAAUUCUGAGAUUUAUCAACCACAGUUUUGUACAGUGGCAUCAUGCAAAGUCAUCUGAUACAGAGCCUAUAAUAUUUGUAUAUGCUUCAAUAAUGGUGAAUUUUUCACCUUUUUAUAGGGCGGCUAAUUGUUUAUGUUAUUGUUGUUUUGGUAUGCGACCUUUCUUGUAAAGGUCAUUAUUUCCUUGCAUGUAAAACUCUGAAUAAUCUAUAGAGGAAACAAAUCAUGUGCAAGUUUUCCUUUGCUAAA